AUGAUUCGGGACUUGUCGAGAGCAGCGCGCGUCAUUCUCGUCGGCGCCCCCGGCGUGGGCAAAGGCACGCAAUCAGAGCGCCUUAUGAAGCGCUUUCCCCAGCUAAACUCCAUCAGUUCCGGCGACCUUCUGCGCAACAAUGUGCGUAACCGCACGCCGCUGGGAAUCCAGGCCGAGAUGAAGAUGAAGACGGGCGCACUGGUUCCUGACACGAUGAUGGUGCGCCUGAUAAUCAACGAGCUCAACACCCGCGGUUGGCUUAUCCCGGACACCGUAAGACCGUACCAGGUCAACUUCGCCGCGCCCGAUGCCGAAAUCCCGCUUGAGAGCGUGGACGAUGUCUUCAUUCCCUCGCCGUUCAACACGUCCAGAUUCAGCUACUCGGACUGUCCGACGGCAUCUUUCAUCCUCGACGGGUUCCCGCGCACCGCCCCUCAAGCGAAGCAGAUCGACGACAUAAUCCCUAUCAACCUGGUCGUCAACCUCAAAACGCCAGUGGAGGUAAUUCUCGACCGUAUCUGCAACCGAUGGGUCCAUGAGCCCUCCGGUCGGGUCUACAACACCACAUUCAAUCCGCCCAAGGUGCCCGGUCAGGACGAUAUUACUGGCGAGCAAUUGACCAGGCGCGCAGACGAUAGCCCUGAGGUCUGGCUUGCGCGACUCAAGAAGUUCGAGGAGACCAGUGCUCCCCUUCUAGAGCAUUACGAUAGAAAGGGCGUUCUUUGGGAAGUACAGGGCAACUCCAGCGAUGAAAUCAGCCCCAAGCUGUUCAAGGAGUUUGAAAAGAAAUUUGGGUUGUAG